UAUUGCGGAAAUGCUAAAUUGGUCAUGUAUAAUUUGCCAAAAUUGAACAUCAACGUAGUGAUUGAACUUUCACAACAGCUGUUUGAAAACAGUCGGUGUGCUAUUUGUGACAAUUCUGGUGGCCUACAUAUGAGAUAUCCUUGUGGGCACUCAGCUUGUGAAAAGUGUACCAGUACAUCAGUUUGCUGCUUAUUUUGUUCAACCCCACCAGGCACUGGUAAACAUUUUGUAAAUGAUCCAGUACUCACCAAAAGAGUAAAAAAUGCUACAGACCUUUUUAAUAAAUGCCAAGAGAUAUUUAAUGUUGAUGUAUACAGAAGAAAAAGAUUAUCCGACCAACUAAAAGUUGAAAAAGAGCUAUUUCCUGAGUGUAUUCAAGCACCAUUAAAGUACUACAAUAAAAAUAAAAGCUACAGUCGAUCAGUUAAAAAUAAGGAAAAUAAUUUGUCUUUUUUGCCGGGUGAAGAUAUUUCGUUGUUGCGCAAUACUAAAAUGAAUGAUUCUGUUAAUUACGUGCAGCUAUGGCUUCAAAAAAAUGAGCAAAAUUUGAAAAGGAAACCAUUCUCAAAUAUUAAUUAUAAUAAUGAUCUUCGAGUACUUGGUGAAAGUAAGAUAGUAAAAAAUAUAAACUGCGAAAAUGAAAAUAAAAACCGAAAGAGGUAUAAGAAAACAACACAUAACUUGAGUAAAAAUCAAGUGUUUGUGAAAACAUUAAAAAAAUCAGAUGAAUCAGUAAAAAAUCCUAAACGAACAAAAAGAGAUCUCAUUUGUGAUUCUCACUUAAGUAUGAACAAAAACGACAAUGAUGAAAGUGGCAUAGUUGUAGAUGAUGAACUCAUUGUGAUCGAUGAUACACAAACAUCCGUAGAUAAAGAUGUUGAGGCCUUAUUAGCUGUCAUAGAAGCUAAUAGAAAUAACCAUAAUUCCCAAUUAACUGGAAACCAUUGUAACAAAGAUGAUUUAGCAAUAACGAAAACACAAAGUUUGUUGGAUGACUACCAUGUGCCAUUUUAUAAAAGAAGUAAAUUAAUAGAGACAUGCUCAUUUUGUAAUAAAGAAGCUUUUAGAGAGAAUGAGAGGUUAAGGAACUCUCAUACUAUUACAAAUAAUGUUUCUGUUACCAUUGAAAAUAAAAGUUUUACAGCUAUCAUUAAGAUUGAUACAAAUCAAAAUAACAUAAAAUCUAACAUACAUUCAACUGUAGUACAAACUGAUAUAAGUGAUAUACAUAAUACUAAUGAACUCCUUAAUAAAGAUAUAGAAAUUUUAUCAAAAGAACCCAGAAGUAGAGAUAGAAACCUUAAGGUUAGUGAUAAAACAGAUGAAAAAGAAAUUGAGAAACGCAAAACAUUGGAAUUAUUAGAAUUUAAUACAGAAAAAGUCCAAAACAGACCAGAAAGGCCUGUUGGUAUAAUCAUAGAGGAGUCUGAUAGUGAAAGUGACGUUGGAGGUGCAAUGCUGGAAGUUGUUGCUGACAUUCACAGACCAAACGAGGAUCCGUAUGCCGUUUUAACUGAAAUAGAAGAUUUUGAAGACCAUAGCAAAAGAUUUAGGCGUGAACCACGUGGUUUCACGCCUAAUAGCUCUAAUUCAUCUGAAAAGGAGAAUUUCAAUCCAAAUCGACAGAGAAGGGAAAAGAUAAAAAAAAAGAAAAUUAAAAAAUAAUCAUUUUUUGUUUAAUUUAAUUAUUUUUUGUUUUGAUGUAUGGUUUAUUAUUAGUAUGUUAUAUUUUAUUAAGUUUUAAAAUGUUAAUUGUUUUGUAACAUUUUGAGAAAAAUCCAAUACAGAGGCAUGCUCAUA